CAGGGAGGGGUGGGCGGAAUUCAAAGCAGAGUCCUGGCAAGGGAGACUGGAACUCGCUCCCCGGGUCCAGAUGGCCUGGUCAAGGACUCUCGGGCAGAGGCUGCCAGCAGCCGCCUGACGGCCGAGGAGGGACUGACCCACAGGAACCGCCACGCGGCGGCCCGAGGUGAACAGCCUGCCAGACAGCAGGUGCCCAGGCAGCCACAGGAACCUGCGGGUGCUUUCAUUUCCUCCCCGUCACCUUGGGACUCCUGUCGGGAGCUGUUGCUCGCUCCCGUGCUCAGCAAAACUAAUUGAGGCUGACUGAUUGUUAAGGCCCUCUUCCCCUCCAAAAAGAAAAGGCCAAAAAACACAAAACACAAGACAUCUCAAGCGCUGUUUCCCUUCGUGAAGAAGUGGCAGGCUGACCUGGUAACAGUGCCCUUCUCUGUACGGGUCAGCACGAGGGGGGAGUCUCCUCUCUCCGGUGUGCCCCCGUCCUCCAGGCUCGGGCACCAGCGAUCUCGCUUUCGAAGCUUGUCCCGAAUCACUAAAGAGAGAGAGAAAGGCAUCAUUCUACCCCGUGCCACCGAACACCGACCAGCAAACUCCCGAAGACAAAGAGGGAUAUCAGAUGGCUUCAAGGAGUGACUGGUGAAUGGUUUGAAGAAAUUCAAAGAAAGAAGUUUUGCAAUGAAACAGACGUUAGCCAGAUGUUGAAACAACCACUCACAUACAGGCUAAGGAAAGGGAUGGCAGAAAAUGAUCGUGCGGAAUUACAGACGUCAAGAUCUAAAACUACACCUCAUCCAAGAAACCCCAUGUCUGUUUCUUCCCGGCUGGGCUUCAGAUCGUCAUUUUCUUCCCUGUUCUCAUUCAGAAAAUCCAGAAGGGAGACUUCAAAGCUUCUGUCACCGGCACAGAAAGGAUGUGACAGCCAUGCAGGACCUUCCGUGUCUGUGAGGCGAACCGCUACGCAGGCCAAAAUAUACAGUUCACCUCUGGAAAAUCAACCGGUUGACAGCGUCUUUGUCCCCGGGCGAGCAGGCAUGAGGGAGGGAAGUGGUAUGCCUCCCUGGGAUGCUUCACUGCUGGAAAACGAGUUUUUCCAAGUUUUAGACGACUUGGAUAAUAAACUGGCUCAGGAACAGUGUCCAAGCUCAGGGAAUACCACAGCACCUCUCAACUACGGAUCAAGAGCACGGUGCAGUCAUUUUUACUCCAGGGGGAACACGCACGGAAGUAUCACGGGAAGGUACCAAAACCACCAUAAUGGAGCUUCAAAUAGGUCUAUCUAUGACAUCCUAAGACCAGGAACCCCUAGGGAAGGUUUUAAAACCUUUUCUCCUAGAACAAAAACAAUUUAUGAUAUGUACAGGACAAGGGAGCCCAGACUCUCAAAAGAAGAUUACGUGCAAAAGAAUAGUUUCGGUAGUACUUCUCUGUGUUUCGACAGCAGGCAGCCAUCAACGUCACCGGCUACGAUAUAUUUUACAACAAGAAGCUUACAUUUUCCAACAAUAACUCAGAACAAGAGUGCGUUUAUACCACCAAGACACCAGCAGAGCCCAAAGAGAACUCCUUUAUCAUCCAUUAUAUGGAAUAGAUCAGAUUCUUCCGGAGGUGGGCAGAGCCAGGAAGAGUUCCUGGGGGCACCUUCACCGAUGGAGAUCGACUCUGCUGACCAGUAUGUGUAUCCCAGGUGUUUUCAGGAGAAUAGGAGAUACGAAUUUUACCGUUCACAGAGUGUUUACCAAGGUGUUCAUUUAGACGCCUGCAUGGACAAUGCAAUGAGUCCUGACCCAUUUGAGAACUCAGAAAAUAUGCCAUUCUACCAUCAAGAACACCCAUUUGCUAGAUCUUUCUCUAGCAAUACCUUUGGACGAAACAGGGAACAGAGAUUUAAACAAAGUCCUCUUUGGGGCCAACACGAAGAACAUUCCUUCUGGUCUGACUUCCCUCAAAGUAGGCAUCCAUUCACUUCUCACAGAGACUCCGAAAUGAUAUCCAUGGACGUAUCAGCUGGUCACAGCCAUAGCAUUCAUUCUCAACACUGGGGAUCAUUUUCUCCUGGUUACAAAACAAAUAUUUUCAGAGAUCACGAAGAGCCACAUCUCUGGCAGUUUGACUCUCAGACAACCACGCUGGAGAGCACGGAGGUGUCGCGAGGCAAUGAGAGCCAGACGACUCAUUUCAGCAUGCCAAACGUUUGCCCUGGGACUGGGCCCAGCUAUCACAGCACAUCUGGCAGGUCAGUAUGCCAACAGGGCGGUCCUCCUACAGAAGUACACCUGGACAAAGAACCUUACUCGUUUGGAAAUACUCAGACGACUCUAGCAUCCUCAUUCAACACCUCCUUCCCCCCGAUUCCCGAUGACAGAGGGAACCCUCAGAGGCCCAGCUUUCAGAAUCCCACAGUUGCUGUGCACAAAAUGAAGCCUGCCUCUCUGCCAAUAAAAAGCUAUCCGGAAGUCACUGUGACCAAGAGCGAUUCAGUUGAUUCUCCACCUCUUACUGAAAGCCCACCCAGUAUCUUGGUCACACAAGUGACUAAGGAGAAAGUCUUGAAGGAAACCCUUCGGGAAGAAGACAAACAACUACACAAGAUGGACCAGACACACAUGACAAGUGAAGUCCCCCAACCAGUCUCACAGACAGUAACCUCUAACCAUGCCUCUGACGUUCAAAGUCCCCUCUCCCAGGACUCAGCCAAGGGCAAAGGGUUUGCUUUUAAUGCAUCUACCGCAGUAAGUUCAAAGAGGUCACCUGGAGUCAUUUCCAGGAAAGAGAGCCCCAAAAUUCAUAUAUCACACAGAGAGCGAUCCAAUGAACUUAAAAAAGAUAAGAAUCACACGGGGGACAGACAACCUGGCUCAGCAACUUCCCUUGCUUUCAUUCAGGAACGCACAACAGCGUCUUGGCCCAGCCCAGAUCAAGGUUGUCACCAGGAAGUAAGAGCGAGUACUGAAGCUAUUUCAGGCAUUAUUAAAAAUAACCACUGGAGCUCUGAACCUGCUGAUGGUCAAAAGGCACAGUCUGCAGAAAAGCCUGCUCUUUCAGAUACCAAGGAAGAACAAGGUACCACAAGUCCUUCCACCAACUGUAGCAAACCAGCUGCUCGUCGUAAGAUCCCACGCGAUUCUUCAGAUCUGUCAUCGGGUAUACUACCUGGCUCCUCACCAUCGACUAAUUCUUUCCUUGACACUCCGGCGAUUCCUUCAACAACAGUGUUCUCCAGGAAAAGUCCUUCGGGCAAGGAUCCAUCUCCGGGAGAAAGAGCACAAAAGGACAAUGAUAGCAAGGACCAAAGUGAUCAGUUUGCCCUAAGCCCCUCAGAAAACCCAAAGCGUAACGAUGAGUGUGUACUUGGACACAAUGAGGCAGUUGAUGUUGCCAAAUGGCGUUCUCACUCUCCUUUCAAGGAUGGGAAAGGAAAAGGAAAAGUAAGGCGACGCAUAGCCUCUCUGGAGAAGUUAAGCAAAAUGGAAAGUAGGUCAGCACCCACCAGUGAGAACAGUAGCUCCGUGGAGAUGAAUCAAAGCAAUUCCAAGCCUCCUGAAGUUCACACGACUUCCUGCACCUCACCAACAAAAUCAGCCAGAUUUCUCAUCAAUAACAGGAAGUCGGAAAGUAAGAUAAUGGCUUCUCCGUGUAGGAAUGAACCACUUCCAUUCCAAGUCAAAAAUAAUGUGGAACACCCAGCAGGGAAGUAUACAUUGAACAAAUUCGGUCCCAGUUCUCCUGAGUCAGAAAGCCAAUGUUCCAAAGCAGUGUCAGACUCGGUCCCAGUAGCACCUGAAGCCACAGAGAAGGUGGCAAGCCUGAAAAACAUUGGGUUUGCUUCUGUUAGAAAAGGACCACUUCCGUUCCUCAUCAAGAGGGCCGUGUCGUGUCCGUCAGGGGUACCAGAUGCCUCAGAUGGGAGAGACAAAAGAGAAGAAUGCUUGGUCUCAAACACAGAUGCUUCUGCUGUAACACUAAAACCUUGGGAGGCGAUCAUUAGCCCUCUGGAAAAUAAUUCACCCGUUAGCGAUUUGUCUUCGCCAAAAAGACACCACCAAAAGGAAUACUUUCCAGAAUGCACUGAACAGGAUGGUAAAAUGGCUGCCUCCGGGACAGGUCUAUUUUCCCUUUCAAAUGAAGACCCUCUGCCUUUCUCUUCAGACGCGUCAAGAAAAGAAAGUGGGAAAACGUUACGUAAAUUUAAGACCACUAGUACGUUUUCUGUUUCUGGCGAUGAAGAUAAUGUAAAAUGUCUUGAGGUGGUUUCAGUAUAUUACACUCUACCAAGGAAAUACAGCAAAAAAUUCUCUAACAUUCUUGAAAAGUAUACACGAUAUAUCGAUUCACUUACGGAAUCAACUAAAGUGGAGACUGAAACCUUUCCCAAUGCUUUUGAAAAAGAAAAGCUAAAUUAUUCUACCCAAGAGCAGUCAGGAACACCUUCAUCUGAAGGUCUAAAGAUGCUGGUCACCUCUGCUCAGGAGAAGACCCACUGUCUUUCUCGCACCAGUGAAAAUAUGACCGCUUCACAAUUACCAAGCAUUUGGCCCUCAGAACCAACAUUACAGGAAGUGGAUUCUACUGAGCCACGUGUUUCUCUUCAUAAAGGAGAAUCUAAAACUGGAGAGAUUUCCCCAGAUAACUUCGCUAAAACACCCCUAGGUGAUUCAGAGAGCAGAAAAGAGAGAGGGAAAAGAUUGCAAAGCGAAACUCUGCCUCCUUCAUCAAUGCUUCAGGAAAAAAAAGGUACAGAAGAGAAAGCUGAAAGCUGUCAGCAAUCCAGUAAAUCGGGCAACAGUGGUCCUUCUAAUCUCCCAGCCCAUUCAGAAGAGAAUGUUGGAAGUUCCCAAAAUGGAAGAAGUUCCGGGGAAUGUGUAGGUACUAGGAUAGCCAUCACAGCUCCUGGAACUGGAGAAGGCCUUCCGAGAGAGAUCGCGGACGGUAGUUCCAAUGGAUUGCAGCCUAGUCAAGUAAGAGGGGAAAUGGGAACAGAUUUCCAAAAAGAGACUAGUAAACCACUUUCUGACUUGGAAAGCCAAGUCUUUGCUCUUACUCCAGCUUUGCAUAAACUACAGCUUUUUGAAGGGACUUGUUCAGGUGAACCAGAUUUAGACAGUUCGCAGUCUGAACCCAGAGAGCUACCUCCAAGGAGUCAGGAGAUAAGCAUGACAGAGAACAGCAAGGCUGAAGACGAAAUGCUAAAGUUGGCAUGGGAUCAACCUUCAUUUCCUGCAGGAAGCAGUAAACAGAAAACCAGCUUGGAUGACCCAGAAGAAGGGAAAAACAGAUCCGUAGUUAAGCACAGAUUGGCAGCCAUGUCCAAAGCAAGCAGAAAAUUCCCAGCUAAAGAUUUAAGCCCCAGAAGACACGUAGCUACUAUCUUCCCCCAAAGUGGGAACAGUUCUGGCUUUGGCAGCUUAUCUCUUGGCACGGCCGAGUGCAACCUGCCGUCCCCUGAGCCUGCUCCAAAGUCCAUAGAAUCCAGAAAUGAAAGCAGGUUGAGUCACGAUAUAACGGACGUGGAAAAGUCAGAGAACUCUCUCCAGGUUACUGUAAUACCCAGUAGAGAAGCUUCUACACACUUAAGCAAUCCGAAGUCUAACAGCAUUUCACAGCUACAGCAGAAUGGGUCUAAAAAUAUCUCAGAAUCAUCACCAAAGUAUGAGAAGUCUAAAGAUGUAACAGCAGCUCAGACUUUGGAAAGAGAGUCAAGAACUUUGGCCCAACCCACAUUCCCCAACCUCGGGGAAGCAGACUUCUCUGACCAUCAGAGAAGAAUAAACCCUCCUUUUCCUUUGGAGCCUACAGAGAAAUCUAGAGUAAGCGUUCCAUUGGCCAGUUAUCAGCAGCAACAAAGAAGUGCUUCAUCUCUGGAGUGGGGACCUGAACUGCACCCCUAUCGUUCAAACAGUUUAAAAAGCAUCAAUGUGCACGGUGAUCUGGUACGCAAAAGUCAUCCUCCAAAGGUCAGGGGGCGCCAUUUUUCUGAGAGCACUUCUAUUGACAAUGCCCUGAGUGAACUGACCCUCGGGGAUGAAUUCUCUGGCAACAGCGGAUACAGUCGAAGAUUCAGAUCCUUUUCUGAGCUUUCCUCCUGUGAUGGAAAUGAAAACCGGACUUUGGGUAGCGGCAGAACAAAAAUGGGGCCCAAGUUUGCAACAUCUAUAUCUAGACCUAUUGACUAUGGAAUUUUUGGGAAAGAACAACAGUUGGCUUUCUUGGAGAAUGUAAAGAGGUCACUCACACAAGGAAGAUUAUGGAAACCAAGUUUUCUUAAGAACCCCGGCUUCCUGAAAGAUGAUGUCAUUAACCAUCCUCAGCCAACAGAGCUGCCAAGCUCAGAUUCUCCUAGCGGCCAGAUGCCGGAAGAUGCCUUCUCUCCAGGCGCACCACUUUGUAUCUAUGAAAAGACUCCAGUAGACUCAGAUUGUGACACGGACACGACCACGGAUGACGAAUACUAUCUGGAUGAAAAUGACAAAGAGUCAGAACUGUGAGGCUUCUUCAGUAACAUGCAUAUAACCUUUCCACCAAAAGUUUGUAAUGGAAAUCAAGUGUACAUGUGUAUGCCCUUGAGAAGGACACGUAUAAAAAAGAUCUAGUGUGGGCAGCACCUGCUCUGAAACUACCCAGAUUCUCUUUCCCUCCCCCCCACUCUAUAAUAUAUAAACAUAUAUAAGCAUUAUAUGCUUCCUAAAUUCUAGAACAAAUGAAUUCUUGUUUUGGGGGGGUUCUCUGCCGUUUUCUACGUCUAAAUAUGUCUAUAUAUGUGUAUGUAUAUGUCUAUAUAUAUAUGUAUAUAUAUAUAUAUGUCUAUAUAUGUAUAUAUAUACGUCUAUAUAUGCAUAUAUAUAUGUAUGUAUAUAUAUAUAUUCUUAGCCUUUCUCCCCUCCCUCCACUUCAUCUCUAAUUCACUGUCCAAAUUUUGGCUUUCUGCUUUACUUUCUCCCUAACUUUUUUUUACACCUUUCACUGUCAUUUAUAACCCUAGUGUCCCAGGCGUACACAAAACUUAUUAAUUACCCAGAACAACCAGAAAAUUCUGUAUGGCCUCUUCCAAUCCAUGCCCUAUAGUCAGGACAUUAAAAAAAAAAAUGUAGGGAUGAUGACAAUGGAGUAAAUAUUAUCAUCCUGUUUGACUCAUCAGCAUUUAGAAGGAUUAGGGUGUUUUUUUUCUUUCUUUCAAACAAAGAUAAGGAAAUUUU